AUGGUAAUAACACGAUUAAAGAAUAACCUAGGGCUCAUUGACUGUUGCCAGUCUGCCACCUCUACACUCUUUUACAAAUCUUACUCCGACCAACUAGUUCCAAUUCUACACACAGCGUUCAACCACGCGCUCAACAACCCUCACCUCAUCCCAUCUAGAUUUAAAUUUGGUAUAACCUUUGUGGCAAAGAGUUAUUUGGCCUACAGCGAAUCCUACGCCGAUUCCUAUACAAUCCGUGAUGUUGACAGGUCUGGUGGCAGUCUUUCAGGAUCAACAUUGCUAUUAUGGUCUGUCGGGCCAUAA